ACGGAACUGAAUGUGACAGAUUGUAAACAGAAUCGGGAUGAUUCAGGUUGAGCCCUGGGGAAGGAUGUCCUGGUGCCAUAUUGCAUUUAUUACUCACUGAAUUACUGCCUUACAGACAGCAGUGGUUUAACUGAGGUGCUGCUUUAAAUGAGAGGCAACACCUGUUCCAUGUUUGCACUCGGGUUCUGCCAGACUCACCUUGCCCAUUGCUGAUACUGAUAACUGGCACAUUAGUCAGUCUUCAUUAGGUGCUUGAUUAACAGUGUUGGCUCAUAAAAUGACAGUCCUGGAAGGGGUUCAGGCCUUUGUUGACCGUCUGUUUUGUCACACUUCCUCUUGGGUCCAAACAGCAGAUGUUCCAGCUGCAGUGCUUUGAGGCUUCUCGAUCCUGCCUUUCCUACACUCACGUACAUCAGGAACCUGUCGCUCUGCCUCCUUUGUGACAGCAAGAUCGUGGAGGUGAUGGAAGGUCUGGAGGUGGAGGACAUUAGCCCUGCCCUCGAGGCCACUGAGGACUACCUGCACUGCCUUGAUGACAACCAAGGAGAUGGCCAGGUAUGCCCACAGAAGCUUAAAGAGGCGUCCACCUUGGAAAAGCUGAACUCCAGUGGGGUUUGGGGGCUUCUAACAGGAAAGCAAUCGGAGAUAUCACCCGGCAAUAUGGCCUGGGCAGAGCAGACAUCCUUUAAUGUCCUGGGACUUAGAAAUGGAAAAAGGAACCGGGCACGAUCCACCAACGAUUUGGCAGCUCAUGCCAAAGAGACAAACUCCACAACUACCACAUCCAGCAGCACCUUCAAACGUGGCCACAACCGCUCACGUUCAGACAUCAACAACCGCAGUUACACAGAUAAUGGGAUGCAAGCCAUUGACAAGAACACACUCAAGAACAUGGCACUAAACGAGCAGAGGGAUGCUCAUAAGGAGAGCAGCUCUAGCCUGGUGAAGCAGGGAUUGUUGGAGCAGAGAGAGGGUCCAUGGGGACGCUGGAGCACCUGUCAUGUUGAGCUUACACCCUGUGAGCUACGUCUCUACAGCCUGGACAGCAGCGGCAACCAGCAGCUAUGUGCUGCCCUCUCACUGUCUCACUGCCAAGGAGUGAGUGCGCCCCAGCCACAGGAUGGACGCGUGCUGCAGGCAGUUUUCUUUAACAGCACCCGUGUGCAGUUACGUGCAUCAUGCCAGUGGGAGGCACUGGAGUGGCGUAGACUCCUCUGGGAACGUGUCUUGGCCGCCCGUCCUUCCCAUCGCAAAUGGAAGCCGGCUCGUGCCACCUCCCCUACCCCCCAUGAGCCCGAUCCUGAUGCUGCCUCUAUGCCAACCUCUCAACCGCUGGUACGUCCCACAGCCCUACCUCUGUUCACCCAGCACUGUGCCGAUGUGCUAAAGGCUGGCCUUCUGCACCAACUCACCGACCUCAACAACUGGAGAGCCUUCACGUUUGUGCUGAGCCGCACCGAGCUGCAGGCCUUUCCGACUGAGGGAAGGGGCCCUGUAUCGGAGCCCGUGCUGCGGUACCGGCUGGCCUCCUGUCUGGCUGUGCAGCGGGAUGAGGAAAAUGGAGGUCUAAACGCUCGCUUCCAAGUGGUCUUUCCUGAUUAUGUGCUGCGCUUGCGGGCAGAGAGCGAGCCCAAAGCCCAGAACUGGGUGGAGGCCCUGCACACCGCUGUUACUGUUCAGAGACCGCAGUUGGAGAGUGAUCAGUCCGGCCCAACCGGAGUGCUAAUGAGGAGUAAGCCAGCCAGGGAGCGACGACACAGGGAGGCGCAGAGAGCUAAACGGCAGUCCGUCACCACUAGCUUUCUCAGCAUCCUUACCUGCCUGGCUGUAGAGAAGGGUCUCACUGCACAGAGCUUCCGAUGUGCUGGAUGUCAGAGGCCAGUGGGUCUGUCACGGGGCAAGGCCAAAGUUUGUUCUUACAGUGGCUGGUACUACUGUCCUAGCUGUCACCAGGACAACCUCUUCCUGAUACCUGCUCGUCUACUGCAUAACUGGGACACGAACAAACACAAGGUGUCGAAACAAGCUAAGGAGUUUUUGGAGUUUGUUUAUGAGGAGCCCUUGUUAGACGUCCAGCAGUUGAACCCGUGUCUGUAUGAGCACUGUGAGGCACUGGCGGCCGUUCUCAAGUUGAGACAGCAGCUCCAGUCUCUCAGAGCCUACCUCUUCAACUGCCGUGCCACAGUGGCAGAAGACCUCCGUCGCAGAAUCUUUCCAAGGGAAUACCUGUUACAGCAUGUACACCUCUACUCAUUGGCAGACCUGCAGCAGGUCAUAGAUGGAAAGCUUGCUCCCUUCCUCUCCAAGGUAAUCAAGUUUGCCAGCUCUCAUGUCUACAGCUGCAGUCUGUGCCGAGAGAAGGGCUUCAUCUGUGAGCUGUGCCACAAUGGCCAGGUCAUUUAUCCUUUCCAGGAGAAUGCCACUAAAAGGUGCGAGGGCUGCGGAGCCGUCUUCCACGCCGAGUGCCGGAUGCGAGCCCAGCCAUGCCCACGAUGUGUGCGCAGAGAACUGCAUAAGAAGCCAGCGUCAUUCUGGAGAAGGCACGGCCCUCAUGACAGCCCUGAUGACGAGGUGCUGGGCUGCUACGAGCUGGACACCUGAGACUAUUUAUGAAGAGCCGUGCAGCCCUCCAAAGAGCCAAGCUGCAUGAGAGAGCCCACUGCACUAAUAACAUCCAAGUGCUGCUGUAUCCAAGAUCGACAAGCUUCUUUGGUCCCCGGUGGAAGUGCUCUGUUUGUUGAAAACAGAGAAACAGAGGAGUUUUUGUUUAUUACUUUAUCCUUCACCUGAGAGAGAUGGGCACCGAGACAAUAAUUCAGCUCCCGAAGAGCAGAGGCUUCAUAAUGAAACCAAUUUACCCUUCCCUUUCAUCUACAAAAUGACAGCCAGGGCCAACCGGCAAAUGCAGGCAAAGAACUGUCACACACUUGCACAUAAACACACUCUCACUGACAGACGUAAAAUAAUGCACUCUUUGGCAGACUCACAAUCCAAGAGCGAUGAUUCAAGCCAAUUUCUGGACACAAAUAGAGCUUCUAAUCCAUUAAUGGUUCUGCGAAAAUGAACACUACAAGAUGGCGGUCUGGCUGCUCCAUUUGGAUUCCCUCCGUGCUGUUGUUAACCUACGAUUCCUUGGUGCAUGAAGAAUAAAAAACAUCCUUAGAACUGAAAUAUAUUUUGCUUAACUACCUGGGCUCAGUAUAUCUGCUUCCUUACACAAACCACAAGUUCUCUUUCACAUGAAAAAUUAAAUUUAUGAAGGAAAGACAAGCAACUUAUGUGAAGGUCAGCUGGUCAUUACUGGGGAUUUUUUUCCACUUAAUUUCAGUGUUGUUGAACUUAUAAGUCAUCAUAUAUUGCCAUAUAUGUUUUUGACUGAUCCCCUGACACUUUCAGCUUUGCAAACUGCACUGAUGGCUCAAAUUGGGGUGUAGUGUGAAGUAAGAUUGGUGCUUUGUCCCAUCCAGCUGGAGUUAAACAGUUGCGCGAGUGUUUAUCAACAUUCAGUGGCACUGCCUAUAAGCAGCCGAACCACGGUGUUCAUGCUAACCGCUUGGGCUAUGAUUACAAACUAUCCUCUGCCACCAAGCCCCAAAAUUACAGUCCUGAGUUCUGGGGCUUUGUUUAGCCAUGGUAAGGUCUUUUUAACAAGAAUUGUAAAGCACACCCGCUGUGGAGGAGCUCAUAAUUCACAUUGUCUAACUGACCUCUGCUUUGGAUCAGUGCCGUCUCUCUGGGUUUGCGUUCAUACUAAGUUUUCUCGCUACCUGAACUAAGAAUCGGCAAUAAAAUCAAUUGUUUUGCUUUUGAUGCCUUAUUUGACUUCAUGUUCUUCAGAGAGACCUGUACUUCUCCAAGGGGACAACAUGUGGACAAUGCAACAAAAAAAAAAAAAAAAAAAAAAAAGACUAAUCACCAACCCCUUCACCCCCCCAUUGUAAACGUAGUGAGCUGAUCGAUGUUUCUAGGAUUGUUUUACUCCGUUUGCUUUGUUCUUUCUUCUCUUUUUCUGUAUAAGCAUACAGUAGCAGAUAAUGACAAUGAUGAUCUUCCUCUGGACACCUAACCAGCAAACAGAAGCUUCAGAUAUAAACAACAUUUAGCUUCAUUCCAUUGAUAUAAAGUGUAAUCAUUCAUCAAAAACCAGCUAUUACUUGGUUUUCGAUGAUAGUAAAAAUACUUUGUUUUUAGUUGUUAUCCAUUAUACUAAACUUGAACUGUAUGGUAAUGCAUUCUGACUGAAGCCGAAUGUUUUAUAUUUGACACCAUGAGGAACCUUCUGCUGUGAUUUAGUCUAUUACAGGCCAAGAAUGUUCAGUUACUGAGCUCUUGGAAGUGGGACUAGGUCAACUUAAGAGUACAUAUCAUUUGCUACCAUGUUAUAUUUCAUUUUGUAAGAAAAUCGGUUCAUUUCAAUAGAGCUUAUGUUUUACGUUUACAUUUGCACGAAGAAUACUUCGUUUACUUUGAAAUGAAAUUCAGUGUUAUUUCACGUGUGGGUGUUGUGCGAUAGGAGAGUGUAAAAUGAUGGAUGGUUGUGUUAGUUGUUCAACUGCUUAAUAUUGGAUCCUAUUUAUUGAACCUGUAUCUCUUUGCCUGCCUUAAAUUAAAAGCCAAUGCUUUGGCCUGUUGAUGUUCACCGAUUAGCAAGCUAUAGUCAUUCAGUUUGUGAGAGAAAAAUGUUUCAGUAUUUAAUCUAAUCAGAAUAUCAGGCUAUAGAAUAUAUUGUAAUAUAAUUACCUAUUGGAUGUUUUGUUAUUUGAAGGCUAAGACCUUUACUUACCUUACUAAAAUAGGAAUUGCCCCUGACUGUGCAUCCUAGAAUCUGGCGAUCUCUAGUUUUCCAAUGAGAGAUCUCACCAUUUCUCCAUUUAAGCUUGAAUUAAACUAAAUGCACCAUUAUUUACAGCUUCCUCAGAAAAACAAUGAUUCUGUAGGACAGUGGUUCCCAACCCUGUUCCUGGAGGCCCCCCAACACUGCACAUUUUGUAUAUCUUUCUUUUCUGACACACCCAACUCAGGUCUUGGAGUCUCCACUAAUGAGCUGAUGAGUUGAAUCAGGUGUGUUUGAUUAGGAAGAUAUCCAAAAUGUGUGUGUUGGGGGGCCUCCUGGAACAGGGUUGGGAACCACUGCUGUAGGAAGUAAUGGUGUAUUUGCAAUCUAUUAGCUUUGAAAGUUGUAUGUAUUACUUUAAAUGGUUAUUAUGACUUGCAUUAUUCGCACUGUUCUAAUGUCACUUUGAAAUCAGGGAUUCUGAACAAACUGUAUAAUGGUCAUGGAGGGACAAACAAAAAGGGAUCUGAACUCGGAGAAUGUUCUUGGUUAAUUUUCUUCCUUGCUAUACACCAAAUCGGUCUUUUAUUUUCUUGUAUUUGUUGAAGGUACAAUCAAUGUUCCUUUUUCAGCCAUCAUGUUGAUCUUGGUCGUAUAUUUACAUAACAGUUUUCUGUUUCAGAAGUAUUUAUUGUAUUUAUGUUCUUCACCUCAAUUUAACUGUGUCUAUAAUUUCCUGGAAUUGCUCUGUGCUUUCUUGUAUCCUGUAAACUCUCCACUACAGACAACCUCUUAUGCAACUACAAAAAUUUGUGUUUCAGUACUGGUGCAGGUUCCUUCCAAAAAAAAUAUAAUGAUACUUUUUUUUUUUUUUUUUACAACUGAUGCCAAUAAAGUAAAUUACUUAACAUA